AUGACCUGUUGGUGUUGCCGGGAGGGGGCGUGGCUGUGUAGUAAUGGCUGCCCCCUUGUGUGACUGCUGGUGACAUGCUGCUGAGUAUGAGGCUGUUAUCGCUGCUGAGGAGGAGGAGGGUCCUCUCUGCUCACUACACGGAUUCCCCUGAAGUCAUCCCAAAGGAGCCUUGUAAAACAUGGAAACCUCAUUCCACUGAUGUAGGUGGUCGGACCAGUGCGCGGGAUGGAUCCGGGAUCCCGGAGUCCUCUGUCCUGCCUGAGUUCAUUCGCCAUCGGCUUCAAUGCUUUGAGACCCUGAGGGAGCGUUAUGAGGCCAGACUUGCAGACAAGGUCCUGAGAGAGUCCCGUCCCAUCAGGAUCUCUUUACCAGAGGGGAAGGUGGUGAGCGGGGAGUCCUGGAGAACCUCUCUCUACGACGUGGCCGUACAGACCAGGUCCGGCUCUGCGCACAAUGUCCUGGCGGCCCGUGUGAACGGUGUCGUGUUUGAUCUGUCGAGACCCCUAGAAGACGACUCUGAGAUUGACUUCCUCACUUUUGAUUCCCGUGAAGGACAAGAUGUAUUUUGGCAUUCAAGUGCUCAUGUCCUGGGGGCCGCCCUGGAGCAGAUCUAUGGGGGUCUCUUGUGCCAUGGACCCAGCAUAGAAAAUGGAUUCUUCUAUGAUAUACACCUGGAAAAUGGCACUGUGCUGGGCAGUGACCUUCCUGGCCUGGAAAUCACCUGCAAAGAGAUCCUGAGACAGAAACUUCCCUUCCAGCGAGUGGAAGCCACACGGGAGGAGCUGCUGGAGAUGUUUAAGUAUAACAAAUUCAAGACACAAAUAAUUGAAGACAAAGUGGAGACGACCACAAGCGUUUACAGGUGCGGCUCUCUGGUUGACCUCUGCCAGGGUCCUCACAUCCGACACACGGGGCAAAUUAAAGCCAUAAAACUCCAUAAGAACUCGACAGCCUAUUGGAAAGGAGACGCCGCACAGGAGAAACUGCAGAGAGUGUAUGGGAUUUCCUUUCCAGAUACAAAACACUUAAAAGAAUGGGAGAAAGCGCAAGAAGAGGCGGCCAGCCGCGACCACCGCAAGAUAGGAAGGGACCAGGGACUAUUCUUCUUCCAUGAAAUGAGUCCUGGAAGCUGCUUCUUUCUUCCUAAAGGCGCUCACAUCUACAACAUCCUGACCGACUUCAUCAAGGAUGAAUACCGAAAGCGGGGGUUCACUGAGGUGAUCACUCCCAACAUGUACAACAAGAAACUGUGGGAGCAGUCUGGCCACUGGGAGCACUAUGGGAAGAACAUGUUCUCCUUCCCCGUGGAAAACGAGACUUUCUCCCUAAAGCCGAUGAAUUGUCCCGGUCACUGCCUGAUGUUUAAUCAUCGACCUCGGUCCUGGAGGGAGCUACCGGUCAGACUGGCUGAUUUUGGGGUGCUGCACAGAAAUGAGCUGUCCGGAGCACUGUCGGGGCUCACCCGUGUCCGUCGCUUCCAGCAGGAUGAUGCCCAUAUAUUCUGCUCUAUGGAUCAGCUGGAAGGGGAGAUCAGCGGCUGCCUGGACUUCCUGCGGGCCGUCUACACAGUCUUUGGCUUCACAUUUAAGCUUUUCCUGUCCACGCGUCCAGAACAGUACAUGGGAGAGGCGGAGGUCUGGCAGAAGGCUGAGCAGGAACUUGAGACCAGUCUGAAUGGCUUUGGUCUUCCGUGGGAGCUGAACCCAGGAGAUGGAGCGUUCUAUGGACCCAAGAUUGAUAUCCAGAUUAAAGAUGCCAUGGGGCGCUACCACCAGUGUGCCACCAUCCAGCUGGACUUUCAGCUCCCCAUCCGCUUCCAGCUCAGCUAUGUGGGUAAGGACGGCAGGACGGAGCGGCCGGUCAUGAUCCAUCGGGCGGUGCUGGGCUCUGUGGAGAGGAUGUUGGCUGUCCUGGCUGAGAACUACGCUGGGAAGUGGCCAUUCUGGCUUUCUCCAUUCCAGGUCAUGGUGGUCCCCACAGGAGCCAGUGCUGAAGAUUACGCCCAAGAGGUGUGUGUUUUAUCCCAGAGGCCAAAUGUUGUCUAUAGGAUGAUCUACGACCGGGGCUUUAUGGUGGACAUAGACACCGAUUCAGGAACAACCUUCAACAAAAAGAUCCGCAGGGCACAGCUGGCCCAGUACAACUUCAUUCUGGUGGUCGGGGAAAAGGAGAAGCAGAACAAUACUGUCAAUGUCCGGACAAGAGACAGCAAGCAGCACGGGGAACAGAGCUUGAAAGACCUGAUUGUGAGGCUGGCCGAGCUGCGGGACACUCGGGUCAUGAACGCAGAGGAGAUCUUCUGACUGUCUUCACAGGCUGUCUCAAUGGAGAACAUCACAGCUUCCAACUCCACCACAACGGUGGUCCAAAUGAAACCAGACCUCUGAUCACCAGGUCUAGACAUCUUCCUACCUCAGUCCUUAAGAAGAAGACAUUUCGAAGGACAAGAAGUUGGUCGUUUGCCAUUCUGGCACCAUGGCUGGAAUCCAAGAGUUAUCGGCUUCACUUCCCAGUGGUUCUCAGGUGACCAACCUUGAUGGACCACCAUGUUGGUGGUUCUUGUAUGGAUGGAGACUCUCGGUAGUUGGUGUAGCCUUCUUCAGAUGACUUCUGCUGACCUGGAUGGUAAGACCAUCCUCUACCUGCCAGAUGCCUAUUCUUGGAAGGUCUUUGUAGAUGUACAUGGUCAACAUCAGCCUAAACCUCGUCCUGUUUGUUUCCUUUGUGUUUUAUAUGAAAUAAAGGACAUGAUGAAAGGUU